UCAUGAACGUACCUGUUUGAACUUGUCGAACCCAACUGUCAGUUUCUGGCGGGAUUCGAUGGAGUACUGAAGUGUUGUUAAUGUAUAAAUGAUAUUUUCUCGAGCAGUUCUUUAAAAAACACGGUUAUUUAUUAGAUCAUACUCUAGAGGAGAACUCUCAUGGUCUGUUAAAAAAACCAAAAAAAUUCUAAAAAACGUAAAAAAAAAUAAACUAAUCAACAUGUCACAAAUGAAACUACGUCUUCCUCCAGUACCAGUGACCAAGUUCUACUGUAAUAAUGGUGAAGUGCAAAAACAAAUAGAAGCUAUUCAAAGACGUCGUAAAAGUUUAUAUUUAAUGGAUCAUAUUCAGCGAAUGCCACAACGAUUACUGGGCCCAACUCAAAGCUGGAGUGAACAUUAUAAACAAGUAGAAGCUCUAGAAUAUGCUCAUUCACACAGCACUCCAACAGAUACUCUUUGUACAUUUGUUUAUGAACAUCCAGACCAUGGUCACAGAAAAUUUAUAGUUGCUCAUCCAGAAGUUUAUUGGUGGUACUUUCGGCAAGAACCUCCAGAAAGACGAUGUGCAUAUGAGGUUAUUCCAGAAGGUUAUCCAUGUUCACUAUAUCUCGAUCUAGAGUUUCAGACUGACUUAAAUCCAUGUAAAGAUGGACCACAUAUGACUCAAACUCUAAUAAAAAUUAUUCUUGGAUAUUUUAAAAAACAUUGGAGUAUUUCUUGCGAUGAAAAAAAUGUCAUCAACCUGGAUUCAACAACUCGAGUAAAAUUCAGCAGGCAUAUAAUAUUCCGUUUCAAGAAUAUAGCUUUCAAGAAUAACAUUCAUGCUGGACGAUUUAUCAAAAGUAUUUGUGCGGAAAUAGAUGAGUAUUUAGCAACUAAUGGUGCUGCAUUUGACAGUGUUUUGAGUUAUUUCAAUCGGAGAGAUUUAGAAGAAUUGUAUAUAGAAACUGGAAAGAGAAAAAAAAUUUUUAUUGACACUGGUGUGUAUACAAGGAAUAGACAUUUCAGGAUUUAUCAAGCUACCAAGUUAGGAAAAAUGUCCCACUUGAUUGUUGCUCCUGAAUGUAAAUACGUACCUACUGAAGAAAGUCAUGAUAAAGAGCUGAGAAUAUUCUUAGAUUCUCUAGUAUCCUACUAUCCAGAAACUGAAAAAAAAUUACUUCUAGAAUUAGGUGAAGAUGCAAUACCAGAUAUUUGUAAAACUUCACCAACCCGAUCUCAUUACUUUGGAGCACGUGAAAUACCAACAUCGCCUUAUCCAGCUAUUGAUAAAUUCAUAGCAAAUCUUGUCAAUCCGGGUACUAUCAGAGUUACUAAACACUUUAACGAAACCAAAACAAUCAUCUACGAAAUUAUUGGCAACAGAUUCUGCGCGAAUGUUGGUAGAGCUCAUAAAAGCAAUCACAUUUUCUACGUUGUAGAUUUACAGGAAAAAUGUGCUUAUCAAAAAUGUCAUGACCAAGAAGAUUGUGCUAACUUUAAAUCUAAUCCAAUACCUUUACCCCCUGAAAUAUGUUUCUUAUUAGACGAAGAAGAUGAUGACAUGUUUCUAAAUCUACCCGAUUUUGACGAUUCUAUUUAAAUAAUUUCCAAAGAAUAUUUGUAAUUAAUCUUGUAAUUACUUCAGCUUAGAUAUCUUCAUACGAUUGUAUAUAAGAAGAAUAUAUUGAUUAUUGUAAAAAUUGAUAUUCUCUGUGAGAAACGAAAUUUGCAUGAAGAAAAAUUUGUAAUGUUUUGAUAAACAUUUUCUACAAUUAUUGUUACGAUUGACAACUAAGUAUGAUAUUUAUCAAAGGUUUAAUUAAACAAUAUAGUUUAUUAUCAUA